AUGAUUCCCUGGAAGACGGCCACGAGCGCGUUUGGCAAGCUAUGUCUGACGUCGUCGAAUCAGCGCUUCAUCCACACCUCUCCUGCCACCUGUUCGGUCUUUAUGAAGCGGCAGAAGAAAAUUGAUCCUGAGAUCGCGAAAACCCGUGAAAUCCGAAAGCGGAAGAAGCUGGAGAAGGAGAUUCGCGAGAUGAUGCGUCACAGCAAGAAGCCGAAGCCCGUCGACGAGAUGGCGCUCGAUGUAAAGUCGGCUAAAAAUUUGAGUGAACGCAUUCGGCCACCAACGCAGUUAUCCGACGAAGUCGUUGACGAGCGGGCGUUGGUGUUAAAAGAAUACUGCCGAUCCAGAAGCCACCUGAUGAAGGCCGACGAGAAGUGGAUCAGGACUUCGAUUUUUCUUCAAAAUAAGGCGCUGGCCGAGCUGAAGAAGCUCGACCCAAAGCUUUAUGAGGCCGCCAUACAGCCAGACACUGGGUCGUUCCCGCAGACGAUAAAUGGGCCCUCCUUGAGCGCGCCAGUCGAAAAUUACGAUUCACCUGACGGCGAAUACACGGACACCACCAGGACGUGGUCU